AUAUAAAUUCUGUCAAAAUCACAACAAUGCUUGGAAUUAAUCAACAAUCCACUAGUUUAAUGCUCUCAAACAAGCAAGAAGAGAUCCAAUAUAACUUCACAUAAGCCCAAAUCAUUCUAUCAUCAUUGAAUCAUUUUAUUUUAUAUCUUGAAGAUGUUCGGUACAACGAUCUCAAGAUAUAUGUUCUCUGGUGUUUUGCAGGAUGAGUUCAGUGGAUGGUACAAUGAGCUAUCCAUCACCGCUAGAGCGGUGGUUUAUAUCACAUUUUUGGGGACUAUAAUGUUCCUUAUAUUUUUGAUACUGAAAUUCCUGAGCGAUUGUGACAUGGAAGAUGACACGGAGAGGUUACCAGUGGUGGCAGGAGAAGAAGUCACCGGUUGGACGCCCUUGGUCAACGAGACGUCGGAAGUAACUGGCAAAGGAGACUUGGAAACGGCGUCGUUUAGCUCUGCGGAGGAUGUGGACUACUCGACAUAUUGUGUCAUAUGUUUCGAGGAACGGAGAAACUGUUUCUUCGUACCUUGCGGUCACUCGGCCACUUGUCGCGGCUGUGCUGAGAAGAUCAUGUCGGAAGAAAACAAGGUGUGUCCGAUUUGCCGGAGGGUGAUACGCAAAUCUAAGAGAUUAGUGCUGAAGGUUUAAACGUUGUUGCUUUCCCUAACCACCAUUUUGUAUCAUGAUCCCAAGCAAAAUUUGUAAUAAUCAUGUGUGUUAAUCUUUCACUACAUUAACUUUGAAGAAAAAUUAACUAUGUUGCAGUAAAAAGAAGGUUAAAGAUUUAAGCCA